AUUAUCCCCCGCUUGGCAAACACCGGCAAAGCAAGUAAAACAUGACCUACGUUACUUUCACAGGCGGUAUAUCCGCCGCAAUAGGCAAAGGCAGGCCCAUCAUGACUUGCCCAGCAGUGGCUGAGCAGCCCGCUGAUCGUGAGGGUGAUAAAUGCCUCAUACAAACAUUAUCCUUUGUGACCAGACCGCAUUACAUUGCAUUGCCUCCCUAACUAGAGCUUCUACCCCUCCCGAGACAUUUUCCAAUCCUUUGGUAAACGAGCUCUGUGUUUUGAGUUCUUUUUGCUGCUCUUUUGUCAUACCGUUUAUUCGCUUAUUCGCCCUUGCGUCUCGUUGCUGCACUGCACGUAUACGGAAAUCCCUCAACUUCAUUUCUGAAAGUUCAUUUCGAAACGAGAAGAGACCAGCAUGUGGAAGCCACCAAUAAACUUCAUUACGCUGCAUUAUGCCUACAUUCUCAGUUUCGGCAUUUUAGCUUUGAUCAUCAUUUAUCCCUAUGGCAACCUUUCCGCUAUCGAUGCGUACUACUUUGGUGUCAGCGCGUCAACUGAAUCUGGGUUGAAUCCUGUUGAUGUCAAGGCUCUCAAAACGUACCAGCAAAUCUUCGUUUACAUCACACCCAUCGUUACAAACCUGGGAUUUGUUAAUGUCAUUGUCGUCGUUGUGCGACUACGUUGGUUUAGUCAGAAGCUGAAGGGUGUCGCAGCGGCACACACUAGGCCCAGGAGCUCCCGACUGUCUAUCAGUCAGGUCCAAAAGACUACCAAUACUUCCGAUACACGAGAGCUUGAAGCAGGUCUCACUGGCGAGACAGUCUCGGAGAAGAAGCCUGUGCCUGUUUCCACUGUAGAGAAUUCGAACGAUGAGCCUUCUGCUCCCCGCAUCACGUUUGCACCCGACCCUCGACACACUGCCAAAGAAAAAGGCACUUUGUACAUUCCUGGCCCACGGGAACGCGAAAAUGGUCAACCCAUUACUUCGAUGUCCGAUGAUGAAGACGAAGAUGAAGACCGUAUCAAGCCCGUCGCAGAAUCAAGCUAUACACGACGUCGCAACCUGUCAGAGACCAGAAGCAUGAACACUCGAACCAUGAGCAAGGCAAAGUCCGUAGAUCGCGCUGUGUCAUCCAUAUUCGUGCUCGGAAGUACCGCAAGCACCCAUCGUCGUAGUGAAGACAAGCCACGGAGAGAACCCACCAUCGAUCUGGCUUCCAUGACCCGAGAAGAGCUAGGUGGUGUUGAGUAUCGUGCGUUGCGCGUCUUGCUCAAGGUCACGGUCGGAUACUUUGUCGGACUACACACGUUCGGAGUCAUUUGCCUACUCCCAUGGAUUCAUAUGGCACCAGCAAAGUACCAAGACUACCUUGCUUCACAGGGUCAAGACAAGACAUGGUGGGCGUUCUAUUCAGCGCAAACCAUGGUCGACAAUCUCGGCCUGACACUUACGCCAGACAGUAUGAUAACUUUCCGCGACGCAACCUGGCCGAUGCUAGUGAUGUCGUUCCUCGCAUUCGCCGGUAAUACUUUCUAUCCCGUCUUCCUGCGCCUCCUCAUCUGGACCAUCUACAAGCUUGCCCCUACGAGCUCCUCGCUUGAAGAAUCGACACGCUUCCUACUCGACCAUCCGCGAAGAUGCUACACACUGCUUUUCCCUGCCACUGCAACCUGGAUCCUAGCCUCCAUCCUCUUCGCCCUGAACUUCAUCGACACUCUGCUCAUCGUUGUCCUCGAUCUAGACAACCCAGAAGUAAACGUCUUACCUGUCGGGCCCCGCAUCCUCGCUGCCAUCUUCCAGUCUGCAUCGUCCCGCCACACUGGUACGUCGACGUUCAACCUUGCGGCUGUCAACCCAGCUGUGCAGUUCAGUCUCCUUGUCAUGAUGUAUAUUUCCAUCUACCCGAUCGCGAUCUCUAUCCGUAUGAGUGAGAGCUACGAGGAGAAAUCUGUGGGCAUCUACGGUGCAGAUGAGAAUUUGGAUGAACAGAAGGGAAGCAAAACAUACUUGAUCAGUCAUCUACGGAAUCAGUUGAGUUUCGAUCUAUGGUACAUCUUCUUGGGUGUGUUCUGUAUCUGUAUUGCGGAGAGUGAUCGGAUCAUGAGUCGGGAAGAUUGGGCCUUCUCCGUCUUCGCAAUCUUCUUCGAAGUAGUCUCUGCAUACGGCAACGUCGGUCUUUCGCUUGGUCACCCAUCCAACCUCACCUCGCUGUCUGGACACUUCAAUACCUUCGGCAAAGUGGUAAUUUGCGCUAUGAUGCUGCGUGGUAGGCACAGGGGUCUGCCAUAUGCCCUCGAUCGGGCUAUUAAUCUGCCUCACGAUCUUAUCACGGAUGAUAAUGAGGGCGAAAAAUACAAAGACGAGGAUGCAGCGACGCCGGAGGCCGUGAGCGCAGAUGAAAUUCGGGGAAGGAAGAUGAUAAAGAGCUUUACACAGUAAGAUUUAGGGUCGACUUCGUACGUUUCGGAUGAUUCGGGUGUAUACAUUGGAGUAGACAGCUUCGCAUGUUUAUGGACAUGUUCAAGAAGUAAACGCACGUGUAUUUUAGAUCAUGACAGAUUCAUAACAUGGUAUUGGGUAAUACAAAUGGCAUUAUAUCGCAG